GUAUAGGGACUUGUAAUUAGCACUAUGGCUAGUCCCAACUUUGCCACAGUAAGUCAGCUACUUUCAACACCACCUGGAUUCACACAAGACUUAAUUACUAAUGACUCAUUAGAUGGAAGCUUUUCUACAAUUAUGAGCAGCCAAAGUAGCCCUACUACUAGUAUACCAGAAAUGCAAUCACAAACAGGUGAUGCAAGCCCUGCCAAUUCACAGACUGUAAACCUCCAAGUACCAGCACAAUCACACACUGGACAAUCAGGUGUAUCACCACCUACACAUACACCUACCAAUUCACCAAACGAACCACCCCAAGCUAGUGGUGUACCCACACGGCGCCGCAGCAAACGCAGACUGGCUAGAUCUCAACCUGCACGCCCUAGCACUGUGAUAUCUAAACCACGCAGAGGCCGCCCACGUAAGACUGCUCAAGCGUCGCAAGGGGCUAACAAACCCCAAGAUCCCACAUCCUCACAUCCUAUUGACUUACUGACAGUUAUGAAUAUGGUGAGGGACCUGAAUGAAAGUGUCAAGAACCUUAAUAACAUGCAAAAAACUAAUGAAGAUUUAGUUAAACAACUCGCUAGGAUAACAGCAGAUAAGGAGGAAUUACAUCGAGAAAAUGCUGCACUUAGAAAACAACUGAGCAAUGCUAGUACAAUGCCAAACAAUACCCUCCCCUCUCUCCUUAUUGGCUCUUCCAUAGUGCGUGAUGUAGACUCAACCAAGCUUGUUAACACUGAAGUAAAAUGCUUGCGUGGUGGAACUAUUUCAGAUGUUCAUAAAACACUUUCAUCUGGUGACACUAACUACAACACAAUUUACCUGCAAGUCGGAAGCAAUGAUUGCGCCCGAGGUAAUGAUGUCAACCUUAUAUGCGAGGACUACAAAUUACUCUUGGCAGGUGCAAAGCAGCGCUCAAAAGACAUCAUCGUUUCAAGUGUUACACCUAGAAUGGACGACUCAGAUGCCCAAAGCAAAAUUGAACAACUAAAUGGAUUCUUACUCUGCCAUUGCUCCGAUGAGAAAGUCACAUUCAUCGACAAUGACAAAAUCUUCAAACUUCAGGAUGGGUCCAUCAAUGAUGGCUUUCUGGCUGCUGACCACCUACACCUAUCUGAUUCUGGAACUAACCGACUUCUGAAGAACCUGAACAUUUCAACAAAGGCAUCUGACAUAACAUUACCUAAAAACAAGCGAGCCCCACCCAAGCGCACAACCCAAAGACCACAGCAAUCCACACAAAAGACACCACCCAGCCCAUAUGACUCUGACGCCAACAACACCCCCCAGCAUCCACCACAGCAUACAACCCGCCCCUGGAACAAUCGUAGACCUACAUCAAAUGGUUACAUAAACACUAGCAAAGCAAAGCAACAUAACGCCUACAAACCUACUACCCACAAUAACAAUGCAAUAAACAAUACAAUUAAGUGCAAAAAAUGUGGUGAACCAGGACAUCUAGUUACAACAUGUUGGCACCCUGCAACGGUCCGGUGCCAUCUAUGUAAAGAACUGGGGCACAAGCAAUCCCUGUGUCCAAGACCCCUACAACAAUCAGACUCUAACAUGAAUGGUAGCAAAACAGACAAUUAUCCCAGGGUUAAACCACAAAGUUUACUACAACAUAAAAACUCUUACCCUUUUAAUGGACCAAGCUAUGAAUCUUUUAACAGGUUUUCAGUGCUAAGCUAA